AUGGCCGAUGCUCCUGCGAGUCCUGGUGGUGGAAGCCAUGAGAGUGGAGACCAGAGUCCCAGGUCGAAUGUUAGAGAACAGGAUAGGUAUCUCCCGAUCGCGAAUAUCAGUCGGAUCAUGAAGAAGGCGCUUCCGGCGAAUGGGAAGAUUGCCAAGGAUGCGAAGGAGACUGUUCAGGAGUGCGUGUCAGAGUUCAUCAGCUUCGUCACCAGCGAGGCAAGUGAUAAGUGCCAGAGGGAGAAGAGGAAGACGAUUAAUGGGGAUGAUCUGUUGUGGGCAAUGGCGACUUUAGGUUUCGAAGACUAUAUUGAUCCUCUCAAGGUGUACUUGACGAGAUACAGAGAGGGUGACACCAAGGGAUCCGCAAAGGGGGGAGAUGGGCCUGCCAAAAAAGAUGGGGUACAACCUAGUCCUAAUGCUCAGCUCGCCCAUCAAGGUUCAUUUUCACAAGCUCUGAACUAUGGGAAUUCUCAGCGAGUAUUGAGUGCUACAAAAGUGCGUGGUGCGAUUUCACUUGAGCUUCUGGUGGUGGAGGCAUUAUGUGCUUCAAACUUUUGGCUUCCUGAAGAAGAGAAGUACAGGCGGAUGAAUUUUUACACUAGUGAACAGGGCAGUUUUAAAACAAGGCAGUUUAGUUUCUGGAAAUUUCCACGGUUAAAGUGGGGGAAUCAUAGCUUACCUUAUUUUACGAAGUCGCAAGCUCAGCAUAUGAUGGUGCACAUGCAAGGAACAGAGUAG